AUGGCGGAUCCCAAUGGAGCGCUCAAAGCUGCCAACGGCUUCACCAACGGCAAGGCCAAGCCCGCGGGCAAACCGGCGGCUGCUGGUAAGAGACGAGGUGUCGUGAAGCGACGGGGUUUUUUGUCGUGGUUGUUCAAUCAUGUUGCCUGGCUCGCGACGUGGUUCAGCAUUCUCACCGUUCUCUUCCGCUGUCCUCCUUCCCUCGAGGCUUGCGACGAUACCUCCCCGUUUAUCUGCCAAUAUUACUUCAAGACCAAGACCUUCGUGGCUCCCUACGUCCAGCCUUACUACGACGAGUACGCUGCGCCCUACGUUGAUGUUGCGCAACCCUACUACGACACACUCAAUCAAAAGGUUCUCGUCCCGGCACACAAGUAUGCUGUUCAGUAUGGAACCCCAUACGUAGAAAAGGCACAGGAAUUUGGCUUGGCCCAGUGGGAGAGGAACGGGCAGGUGCAGCUCCAGAAGAUCCAAGAACUUGUGCGCGACAGGUACGACGACAAGGUUGGCCCAUACAUCACGCAGGCCAAUGAUGUGCUGGGCCCAUACAUCGAUGCCGCUCAAACCGAGGCUUAUCAAGUCUACUACGGGUACCUUCUUCCCGGCUACACCUUUGUCCAACCAUACGCUGUCGAUGCAUACCGCACUGCGUCCAAGUUCACGGCUGAUACCGCCCUGCCAACUGCCUCCUGGGCUUGGGGGAAGACUAGCUCCUUUCUUGAUACCGCAAUCUGGCCGCAUCUUCGGGUCAUUUACGUAGAGAAUGUUGAGCCCCAGCUUGUCCGUAUUGGGGAGCGCCUCGGACGCUAUGGAACUCGGGUUAAGUCCAAGGUCGAGGAGCUCCCUGACCUCGAGAGCACCACGACAACUUCGGCCUUUAGCAAACCCACUGUCCAGUCUACCAGCGUUGCGACAGUUGAAGCGUCGGCAUCCGAGACCCCCCGAGUUGAGAGCAAGGAAACCUAUGCACAACCAGUUCAAGCACCGGCCCCUGGAGAGAACGAGAACGACAAGCGCAAGAAGGCGCGCGAGAUGGUGGCCCAGGAUCUCGAGCAAUGGCAGAACCGGUUUGCCACGCUCGCUGAUGAAGGUGCCAAUGACAUGGAAGAGCGUGUCGACGAGAUUGCCAAGCACAUGAUCGAAGCCGAGGUCAAGAAGACCGGGACAAGUUUGAUGGAACGCCUGGAGGCCACCGCCGAGUCCGAGGUCAAGACUCUCAAGAAAAAGAUCUCGGCCCUCGUUGAGCAGAGCACGACGGGCCUCAAAGACCCCGAAGAGGAGGCAGUCAAAGCAGUCCGGACUGCCGGCGUUGCUAUCAAGCAACAGGCGCAAGCAAUCCGCGAGUGGCGCAAGAAGUACGACACUGACUUGCAGAACACCGUCGUCAACGCUGCAGAUGCUCACUUCAAAUUACUUGACGAGACAAGAGGUCUAGCCUUGCAACAGAUUGGCAUGAAGUGGGCUUGGACUGAUGGUGUGACAUACAAAGACUGGCAAAAGUACCAUGAGCUCAAGACAACAUUCAGCGCGUGGACCGACCAGCUCAAGCAGCUCAUCGUUACCCACCCUGCCCUCCUGGCGGCUCAAGAUGCCUCGGCUCAGGUCGAGGACGAAUCCAUGGAGAUUGCCUCUAAUGCUGCCAAAGAACUGGGGCGUCUUAAGGAAGUUACCCAUUGGAAGGUUUUGGCGCAGGACUCAUCGGACAACUUCAGUCUGGAGGAAAUGAAGCUUGCUGCUGAGGCUGUUGAGGCCGCUGCCGUCGCUGCAGAGGAGGCUAGGCUGGCAGCAAUCAAAGCAGCAGAGGAGGCAGAGGAAGAGGCGAAGAAACAGGCUGAACGAGCUGCCGCAGAAGCUAGGGACGAGGAAGAACGUGCCGCUCGUGCCGCUGAGGCUGGCGAGGAGACACCUUCCAGUGCUGAUUUUGAUGAAGCUGUGAGUGGUGCUCAAGAUAAUUCUGAAGACAGCGCCGACUCGUCUCUCCCCACUUCUGGGGAUGAGAACGAUGAAGAGGAGGUUGGGAAAGCCGAAGAUCAGGAAGUCUCGGAAUCUGCUGAUGAGACCAAGGAAGCCGAGGAGUCCUCUACCGUGAGCAGCCUUCUAUCUGAAGCCUCUGAAAUUCUGUUAUCAGGAACGACCCUCAUUGUCGCGAACGGUUCGGACGGCUCGGACGGUUCAGAGGACUCAAAGGCUCCUGAGCCCCCAAAGCGUGCUGAAGACAUUGAUGAAGAUGCUGGCUCACAAGGAGAUUCUCACAAAGCGUACGAGACUCCAUCAGCUAAGCCAGUCAUAUUUGGAGCAAUGGCUCAGGCCGUCCGUAACCGCCAGCCCAUCCUUGAAGACUACGAGGAUACUGAGACUGAUGAGGAGGGCUGGCCGACUGAUGCACCCAUGCGGGAGCCUAAUAAGUACGGCUCCGGCGAUGAUGAGUGGGACGAGCCUGAUGUUUAUGCAGCUCUUUAUGAGCAGGCAGACGAGACAGACGAAACCGACGAGUAUGAAGAUGAGAGAGCCGACGAGGAAGAAGAGGAGGAACAGAAGGAGGAGGGCGAUCUAUUGGCCGACUUGACAAGCGCUGCGGAGGACGCUUAUGCUAAAGCUGUAUCUGCGGCAUCUGACCAGUACGCUACGGCUGCAUCAGUUAUCUCGGCUCAAAUCUACGGAACUCCCAAGCCUGUCCACAACCAGCUCUUUUCUUCCGUCUCCGCAGCCUAUGACAAUGCUGUUGCAGCAGCCAGCUCUCAAUUUGAUGCAGUAGUAUCGGCUGCUUCUGCUGGAAUUCAAGGGACCACUACCGAGGAACCAAAGCCAACAUCCAUUGUUGAUUGGCAGAAGAAGGUAGAGUCCAUCGCCGCGCAGCGCCUCAACGAGGGUCGCGUGUGGGCAGAAAUCCAGUAUCAGAGUGCUAUCAUUGCUCUUGGUCUUGCCACACCGACACCGACAUCAAACGCGGAGAAGUUGUAUAGCCAGGCCAAGAUGAACUAUUACGCAGGCAUUGGUCUGGCACAAGACCGAUAUUCAAGUUUCCUUUCCGCUGCAUCCUCUGCCAUGUCGUCCCUUACAGCGACACCAACGCCGACGCCAACUGACUUCGCAGGCACCCUUUCAUCGGUUGCCUCGAUCGCCACGGAGUCAGCCGCUUCCGUGAUCCAGGCGGCUGAGGAUGUAGCUGGCUCUGCCUAUUCCGCCGCGGCGGACAACGUUGCGUCCGCCAUCAAGGCCGUCGACGAUUCCAUUGACUCUGCCAUUGACGCGGCGAGCGAGCAGGUAUACUUGGCGGGCGCCGCUUUCGCAGAGACGUGGGACAAGGUCCUCCAAACUCUGGAGGGACAAGUUUACGGAGAACAGAAGCAGAUUGGCUGGUAUGAAAGUCUCUUUAACGAGGCCAGUUCGGCCGUGUCAAGAGUUACGGCAGGAUCCGAGGACCCAUCUGCUACGGCAUCUAAGCAGUACGCUGCUGUUACGGAUAUCGUAUCGGAGCUCCUGGUUGGAAAAGAGGACAAGUUCCAGCAAAGUGUCCUGUCUAGGCUUCAAGCUGCCUACGCUACUGCCACGUCAAAUAUUGGCAGUGUCGCCAGCCAGGCCACCGAGGCCAUCAAAGCCAAGGUGCAGCACGACAAGGACGAAUUGUAA